GCAAACAACAAUGAUGCUGAUUUAUUUUCCCCAAUGCAAUCACAGCUAAACAACGUUUAUUGAAAUUAAUUGAUUAAUUAAUAACAUAAGAUAACAAAGUUUAAAGUGGUUCGGUAGACUUGCGUCUGUGUAAGAACCACUACUACAGAAUAGAUGUCCUAGCUCUCCUAGCUUGAUUUAGAUGAUUCAAUCCUGAAGACUGCCAUUUACUAGAAUUAACUUGAAUACAAGACAGGUUACAACAACGACAACGUCAUAAAAAACAACAACAGCAAUAACAACAACAAUAAUGCUAAUAAUAUAACAACAAUUCUCUUCUACUCAUGCAUUCCCUAGCCACUGGCAACAACUAACUAUGUAUGAAACAACAACAACAACGAAACUGAUCUCAUUAAUAACAGCAAAUAAAAUGACUAAAAGAAUGUGUUGUCACAUUAAUAAUAGUUGAUGAUAUAUACACUUACAAUAAUUACAUCAACAGUUGCAGUACUGACUGCACAGCUAAAAUGUACUAAACAAUUAAUCAAUUAACCAUUAACCAUUUGUUAGUAAAAGUUUUGAAAUAAGUUCACAUUAUUUUCAACUGAAAGUUCAUCCCUGCAUCAAUAACAUCAAGAAAACCUACAUAAAAUAAAUAAACCCAUGGAUCGCAUCCUCUUUCUCUUCCGUGACGCCAAAGACGUGAACUUGGGAGGCGCCGACAGCUUCAGCGACCGACUCAGCUGCCAGUACACCGUGACCAUCCUCAUCAUCUUCGCCAUCAUGACCACCACCAGACAGUACGUCAGUGAACCCAUCAGCUGCUGGUGCCCAAACUAUUUCACCAGAGAUCAAAUUGAUUAUGUUAAUAAGGUGUGCUGGACUACAAGUACGUACUAUCUCUCCGAAGAAAUUGCCGAAAUUCCGGAUGAAAAGGACAUAGGGAACAUGGUGAGUUACUACCAAUGGAUCCCGCUGAUGGCAGUCGGACAGGCUGCAAUGUUCUUCAUGCCGAGAAUAAUCUGGAAUCUUCUCAAUAAGAAGUCUGGCAUCUCGGUCAGCAGCAUCACUGACGCUGCAGUUGAGAGGCAGAAGAAGGCUGACCAGUGCAGUGCUGAGAAGACGAUGGAAUUCAUGGUGAAAUCGCUCGGUAAGUUUCUGAAGGAGUUGAGUUGGGAUCGCACGAAGGAUGUCGGCAAGUCCGGACACAAAGUGUAUGGAAAUUAUUUGACCUGCCUCUACAUACUCAUCAAACUUAUCUACAUCAUCAACGUCAUCCUGCAAAUAUUCCUCUUGAACGGUUUCCUAAAAACAAAUUACGAACUGUACGGAUUCGAAACUAUACGCAAGAUGCUGGCCGGUCAAGACUGGACAACUUCUGAACGGUUUCCGCGAAUAUCAAUGUGUUCGUUCACCAUACGGGCGAUGGGCGAAAAUAUGCACAAGUACUUGGUGCAAUGUGCCAUCCCUAUAAAUCUUCUACACGAAAUUUUCUACAUAUUUCUGUGGUUUUGGUUCGUAUUCUUGCUGGUCGUCACCUCCUACAGUACGGUCUCCUGGUGCCACCUCUGCUUUCCUCUCAGCAAGCGAGAGACCUACGUGCGGAACAAACUCUACGCAGAUGGCAUUCUCAGGCGCAAACCUGAUCCGGAAACGGAAAUAAUACUUGCCGGGUUCGUCAAAUGCUACUUAAGAAGGGAUGGCUGUUUUAUCGCACGAUUAGUCGGUCGGAACACGAGCGAUGUUGUGGCAGCUGAACUUCUGGGUGGUUUGUGGAAAGAUUACCGCCUGAAGACCAUCAAAUUUAAAAGCAUCAACAACAAUGAUGAUGAUGACCUCAACUUUGUUGGCGAUAGAUAUGCUAUAGAUAUAAAUAGCAACAACAAUAAUAAUAAUAAUAGGGGUAAUACCAACGCCAAUCACAACAACAGCAGUAAUAUUUUUAGCGGAGAUACGAAAACUAAAAGAGAUAAAAACCAAGAAACAGGAGAGAGAGGGAGAGAAAGAGAGAGAGAAGGGAGGGCACAUGGCAGUAGGGGCGGGGCAAUAAGUCAGGCCCCAACUCUAUAUCAUAGGAAUUAUUCGAAUCCCUUGGAGCACAUGCAUUUUGACGAUACGUAAUGAAUAAUUUGGCAAAAUACUUUGGCAAUAGUAAUAGUUGGUUGGAGUUUGUUGUUUAUGGUGUUGUUGUUUAUAUUCUUUGUUAUUAUUUAUGUUCUUUGUUAGUUGAGUUAAUGUUUAUUUGUUAGUUUCUUUUGAUCAAUAAAUUAAUUUAUUUUUGCUAGAUAUUAUACAUACAUACAUAUAUAUAUGUGUAUAUAUAUAUAUCCUCAUUUUUUUCUGCAUGUAACAAGUUUUUAAUUUAUGUUCAUUUAUCAUUCUUUUUUUUUCAAUUUUCAUUUUGAGGUCCUUUUGACGUAGUUGAACUGAGUUUACGCAUGUAUUUGUAUAAGCAUGUCAGUAGUAAAUUUAAGCAGAAUAUUCUCUUCUACAUUCAUUAACGAGAUAAAUUAAUUUAAAAAAAA